GUUCAUUACUAUUUUCAUUAUAAGCAUACUACAAUAAUAAUAAAUCAUUAAUUAAAUUUUAAAUAAUAAUUAUUUUAACAAUCACAGUAAAAUAUUAAAGAUGAUGUUCCCGGGGAUGAUGGAGCCUCCAAUGGAGCCAUUGUUAUCUGAUAAUGUCAGAUUAUGCCUUAGAACUGUUGGAUUUGUAUUAAUUUCAUGUGCAAUAUACUUUUACGGAGAUAUGUUGGAUAUGCCGGAGGCAGUUAAACUCGUCUAAUCUUUUAAAUUAUACUUUCACAUUCAUUAACACACACUU